AUGUGGCCGAAACUCUUUCCCGGUAUGAAAUACAAGGGGAAAAGCUUUACUUGCGAAUGGAUGAAGUCUGCCAUGAAUUGUCCGCCCCUGUUCAGCGCAUGGCUCCACUCGGGCGCAGAGCACAUGAUCAUUCGACGGACAGCCUCUGGUGUUCAAAGUUCCACAUCUAAAAAGGACAAUUACGAAUUGCUUCUCAUGCGACAGGAAGCUAUUGUAGCAUUGAAAGAGGCCGUGAAUGACGGCCCUUAUACCACUGUCACGGACCAGCUUAUCAUGGCCGCCUUUGCUCUCGCGUUACAUCCACACGAGCGAGACAAAUUCCCAACCAUUCAGAGUAAAAUGGCUCCUCUAUCCAACCUGCAAUUGUUGACGCGAUUUACAAAUAUCGUGAUCAUUGACGGCCAUGUUCGAGGACUACGCUAUCUCGUACAGGCUAGAGGAGGAUUUAGAAAUCUGGAGAUGCCUGGGCUUCGCGAAGGACUGUCGACCUGGGAUCUCAUCGUAGCAAGCAAACGGCUGACAAGACCUUUCUGGCCACUGCAGACGAUAUUGCAGCUCGACAGUGCUGCUGAUUUCUUAGCUACAUUUGAACACAGCGACCCUGAAAUGCGCGAUAUACAUUUUCUUCUCUAUUCAAAGGUUUCACAGCACAUGGUAUGGGUAUUCCAUGCUCUCCGCGGAUACAGUUCUCUACUGGAAGGGUACGCCGAUGGACGCCUCUUCGAUCUCGAUCUGGGCUAUCUACUACAGCUACGAAACUUGAUCCACUACCACGUGUUAUCUCUCCCUCCUGCUUUGUCGGCUGAAGUUGGAACAGUGCCAUCUACAUACGAGCCAAUUCGAUUGGCACUGGCCAUCUAUAGCCUCCUUGUCGUGUUCCCUGUUUCAUUAAUGACGAGUCCCUAUCCGAAUCUGGCACGACUUCUCCGGUAUGAGCUGGAGCUGGUCCCUGAUGAGGAGUGGGAAUCAGUACCCUCACUCUUAUUAUGGUUGUUAACAUUGGGUGGGAUUGCGGCCCUUGAUACACCACAUCGGCUGUGGUUUGUUGCGCGAUUGCACUUGGAGAUCAGAGAGAUGAAUAUCUGCAGUUGGCAAAGCUUAGUACAAAUAAUGACUACAUUCAUAUGGCUGGAUACCCCUUGCGGCAUGGAGGGUAUGAUCCUGUGGAAGGAGAUUCAGCAGUAUGGUAGCUGCUUGCCGAAUACUUACUAA